UCCAUCAUCUGCUCCAUGUCAUUUGCUAUUGUUGUUGUUGAAGUUAUUCGAAGUGAUUUUUAAACAGUUCAACUAGAAGACAAACCAUGGAUGUAUUAAAAGCAGAGUUGGCUAAGAAGAGGAAAAUGUUGGAGGACAUGAACUUGAUUAGUACAAAUAAAAAAUAUUUCAAGAGAGGAGAUUUGAUUGCAAAAGAAGCGGAGGAAUAUCAUAAUCAAUGCGGGACCAACUUCAAAGAGUCUGCAAAGAGUGAAGAAAAUGAAAAUAAAGUGUAUUCGAGCAGCGAAGUGGACAGUUCCGAAGCGAAUGUGUUGCCUAGGCAAGAGGUUAUCAGCAGACUCAGAGAUAGGUCAGAGCCAAUCUCGCUUUUCGGAGAAUCUGAGCUGGAUGCAUUCAGGAGGUUGAGGCGUUGCGAGAUAUUGGAACCGGAAGUUAAUAAGGGAUUCAGGAAUGAUUUUCAAGAAGCCAUGGAGCAGGUGGAUCAGGAAUAUCUGGAUGAAUUGAUUUCUGGAGCUGGCUCGAACAAGAACAAGGAUGCUUCAGAGAACAAAAGCCAGGAGGAGGAACUGAAGAGUUAUGAUGAAAUAAAGGAGAUGGCUGUGAAGAUGGGAAAAGGUGACCGGGACCAUGACAUGAAUGUAAUCAUGAAAUUCCUCGAGUUGCUAUUGAAAAUGUGGCAAGAUCAAUUGCAAACUCGGUCCGCACAAGAGAAACGAGGAACCAAAGGAAAACUGGCCGGGGCCACCUGUACCCAGACCCAAGUCUACCUGAAACCGCUGCUGAGGAAGCUACGCACGCACACGCUGCCAGAGGACAUCUCGGACAGUCUCACAGAGAUCGUACAGCAUCUGCUCAAUAGAAACUAUUUAAAAGCGAGCGAUGCCUAUCUGCAGAUGGCCAUAGGAAACGCACCGUGGCCCAUCGGUGUAACUAUGGUGGGUAUCCACGCUCGUACCGGCCGAGAGAAGAUCUUCUCCAAAAACGUGGCGCACGUGAUGAACGACGAGACCCAGAGGAAGUACAUUCAAGCGUUGAAACGAUUGAUGACCAAAUGCCAGGAGUACUUCCCCACGGAUCCGUCCAGGUGCGUCGAAUACGCGGCACCAUCCACUAGCAACUGAUUACUGCCCUCCAAG